AUGUCGCAACCGGGUAAACGCGGUGGGCGUGGUGGCGCUGGCGGUGGCAUUGGACGUCGUACGCCAUCAAACGUUGCUGGUGCUAUCGGUGGCAUUAAUACGCCGGAUGAAUCAACUACGGCCAGUGAACGUGCCACACCGGCCAGUAAGGCCGACUCCGAUCAAAAGGAUGACAGCUCCAGCAAUGGCGAUAAAAAGGAGACAGAUGGCUUUACAACGCCAAAGCCUCCAAGCGCUGGCGCUUCGAUACGUGAUACCUCGAAUAAGAUACUCGCAUUGGCGAUGAAAAGCGAAUGGACGCCAAUCGAGCAGGAGCUAAAAAAACUGGAGAAAUAUGUGGCAAAUGUGGGUGAGGAUGGCAACCACAUACCGCUGGUGGGCAUACACGAUCCGAACACCGGCAUGACACCUCUAAUGUACGCCACCAAGGAUAAUAAGACAUCAAUUAUGGAUCGGAUGAUUGAGUUGGGCGCAGAUGUUGGAGCAAGAAAUAAUGACAACUACAAUGCGUUACACAUAGCUUCCAUGUACUCGCGUGAGGAUGUUGUCAAGUUGUUGCUUAACAAACGUGGCGUGGAUCCCUACUCUACGGGUGGCUCUCGCACCCAAACUGCUGUGCAUUUGGUCUCCAGUCGACAAACAGGAACGGCAACAAAUAUUUUGCGCGCUCUUUUAGCUGCAGCUGGAAAGGAAAUUCGCCUAAAAGUAGACGGGCGAGGUAAAAUACCACUGCUGCUUGCGGUAGAAUCCGGUAAUCAGUCUAUGGUUAGAGAGCUGCUGUCAGCUCAAACAUCAGACCAACUGAAGGCAACAACAGCUAAUGGAGACACGGCCCUGCAUUUGGCCGCCAGACGACGGGAUGUCGAUAUGGUUCGCAUCCUGGUCGAUUACGGCACCAAUGUCGACACCCAGAAUGGUGAGGGCCAGACACCGUUGCACAUAGCGGCCGCCGAAGGUGACGAGGCACUGCUGAAGUACUUCUAUGGCGUGCGCGCUUCCGCGUCCAUUGCGGACAAUCAAGAUCGUACACCAAUGCAUUUAGCAGCUGAGAAUGGCCAUGCGCACAUCAUUGAAAUUUUGGCGGACAAAUUCAAGGCGAGCAUCUUCGAACGCACAAAGGAUGGCAGCACGCUGAUGCAUAUCGCCUCGCUGAAUGGCCAUGCCGAGUGCGCGACGAUGCUCUUCAAGAAGGGCGUCUAUCUACACAUGCCAAAUAAGAAUGGCGCGCGCAGCAUUCACACCGCGGCCGCUUACGGCCACACCGGCAUCAUCAACACGCUGCUGCAGAAGGGCGAAAAAGUUGAUGUGACGACGAAUGAGAACUACACAGCACUCCAUAUUGCUGUGGAGUCUGCGAAGCCAGCCGUCGUCGAAACAUUGCUUGGCUUCGGCGCCGAUGUCCAUGUCCGUGGCGGUGCGAUGCACGAAACGCCGCUGCAUAUUGCCGCACGAGUUAAGGAUGGCGAUCGUUGUGCUUUAAUGCUCCUUAAGUCCGGAGCUAGUCCCAAUUUAACUACCGAUGAUGGCCUGACGCCGGUGCAUGUGGCCGCGCGUAACGGUAAUCUGGCAACGCUGACACAACUCCUCGAAGAUGGUGGCGAUCCGCUAUACAAAUCCAAUACCGGCGAAACGUCACUGCAUAUGGCCUGCCGUUCGUGUCACCCCGAAAUCGUACGACACCUCAUCGAAAUGGUCAAGGAGAAACAUGGCCCCGACAAGGCUACCACCUACAUUAAUUCAGUUAACGACGAUGGCGCCACCGCACUACACUACACAUGCCAAAUCACCAAGGAGGAGGUCAAAAUUCCCGAGUCCGACAAGGAGAUUGUCCGCAUGCUGCUGGAGAAUGGCGCAGAUGUGACGCUGGCAACGAAAACUGUGCUGGAGACUGCUUUCCAUUACUGUGCUGUCGCUGGCAACAACGAUGUACUAAUGGAGAUGAUCGCGCACAUGAAUCCCACAGACAUACAAAAAGCCAUGAAUCGACAGACGUCGGUAGGCUGGACGCCGUUGCUAAUCGCCUGUCACCGCGGGCACAUGGAGCUGGUCAACAACCUUUUAGCGAAUCAUGCCAGAGUGGAUGUGUUCGACACAGAGGGCCGAUCCGCCCUGCAUUUGGCUGCCGAACGAGGGUAUCUGCACGUCUGCGACGCAUUACUCACCAACAAGGCGUUUAUCAAUUCGAAAUCGCGUGUCGGUCGCACGGCGCUACAUCUGGCGGCGAUGAAUAGCUUCACACAUCUAGUGAAGUUUCUCAUCAAGGAUCACAAUGCUGUUAUCGAUAUAUUGACACUGCGCAAGCAAACGCCUCUCCAUCUAGCCGCCGCUAGUGGACAGAUGGAGGUAUGUCAGCUUCUGCUUGAGCUCGGAGCUAACAUAGACGCGACCGACGAUCUGGGUCAAAAGCCCAUACAUAUCGCUGCGCAGAACAACUACUCUGAAGUGGCCAAAUUGUUCCUGCAACAACAUCCGUCGCUGGUGAAUGCCACCAGCAAGGAUGGCAACACCUGCGCGCACAUCGCUGCCAUGCAGGGUUCGGUGAAAGUGAUCGAGGAGCUAAUGAAGUUCGAUCGUUCUGGCGUGAUAUCGGCUAGAAACAAAUUGACUGAUGCCACGCCGCUGCAGCUGGCGGCCGAGGGUGGACAUGCGGACGUGGUGAAGGCGUUGGUACGUGCGGGCGCCUCGUGCACAGACGAGAACAAAGCUGGCUUUACGGCCGUGCAUUUGGCGGCACAGAACGGGCAUGGUCAGGUAUUGGAUGCGUUGAAAAGUACCAACUCUUUGAGGAUAACCAGCAAGAAAUUGGGACUGACGCCGUUGCAUGUGGCAGCCUACUACGGACAGGCGGACACUGUGCGCGAGCUGUUGACGAGCGUGCCGGCAACGGUGAAAUCUGAGCCGCCGACAGGACAAAGUCUCUUCGGUGAAUUGGGGGCAGAAUCCGGCAUGACACCAUUGCACUUGGCAGCAUUCUCGGGCAAUGAAAAUGUAGUAAGGUUACUACUAAAUUCUGCCGGUGUACAAGUGGAGGCGGCAACGACAGAAAACGGCUACAAUCCGCUCCAUUUGGCUUGCUUCGGUGGUCACAUGUCAGUGGUUGGCUUGCUUCUGAGUCGCUCAGCAGAACUGCUCCAAUCGACGGAUCGUCAUGGCAGGACGGGUCUACAUAUCGCCGCCAUGCACGGCCACAUACAGAUGGUGGAGAUUCUGUUGGGUCAGGGCGCAGAAAUAAAUGCCACCGACAAAAACGAUUGGACGCCACUGCAUUGUGCUGCCAAAGCCGGCCACUUGGAAGUUGUGAAGUUACUAUGCGAGGCCGGCGCUUCGCCCAAGUCGGAGACGAACUACGGUUGCGCGGCGAUAUGGUUCGCCGCCUCCGAAGGCCACAAUGAUGUGCUGCGGUAUCUGAUGAAUAAAGAGCACGAUACGUAUAGCCUGAUGGAGGACAAGCGCUUCGUGUACAAUUUGAUGGUGGUCUCAAAGAAUCACAACAACAAGCCGAUACAAGAGUUUGUGCUUGUGUCGCCGGCGCCAGUGGAUACCGCAGCCAAAUUGUCAAAUAUCUAUAUAAACUUGUCGACAAAGGAAAAAGAACGCGCCAAAGAUCUAGUAGCCGCUGGCAAACAAUGUGAAUCUAUGGCGACGGAGCUGCUAGCCCUUGCCGCAGGCUCUGAUUCGGCCGGAAAAAUACUGCAAGCCACCGAUCGUAGAAAUGUCGAGUUCCUAGAUGUGCUAAUUGAAAAUGAACAAAAGGAAGUUAUUGCACACACUGUAGUGCAGCGCUAUCUGCAAGAACUCUGGCGCGGCUCACUCACCUGGGCUUCCUGGAAAAUACUGCUACUCUUAGUCGCAUUCAUUGUGUGCCCACCCGUCUGGAUUGGUUUCACUUUCCCGAUGGGCCAUAAAUUCAACAAAGUGCCUAUUAUCAAAUUCAUGUCCUAUCUCACCUCGCACAUCUAUCUGAUGAUCCAUCUGAGCAUAGUCGGCAUAACGCCCAUCUAUCCUGUGCUGCGGCUAAGUUUGGUCCCCUACUGGUACGAAAUUGGGCUGCUCAUUUGGUUGAGUGGUUUACUUUUGUUCGAGCUGACAAAUCCAUCUGACAAAUCUGGAUUGGGAUCGAUAAAACUGUUGGUGCUGCUGCUGGGCAUGGCCGGUGUGGGCGUGCAUGUGGCCGCGUUCGUCUUCGUCUCCAAAUUAUACUGGCCGACACUGAUCUAUUGCCGCAAUCAGUGUUUCGCAUUGGCUUUUCUGCUAGCCUGCGUGCAAAUAUUGGACUUUCUCUCGUUCCAUCACCUCUUCGGACCAUGGGCUAUCAUCAUUGGUGAUUUGCUAAAGGAUUUGGCACGCUUCUUGGCAGUACUGGCGAUUUUCGUUUUUGGCUUCUCAAUGCAUAUUGUAGCGCUGAAUCAGUCGUUUGCGAACUUAAAGCCGGAGGAUUUGCGGGGGUUCGAAAAACGCAACCGCAAUCGCGGAUACUUCAGCGACGAUGAUAUGCCAACACCACGACCUCCUCCCAGCUCAGCUGAGCGUUAUAUCGAUAGUCGAAGUUUAUCUAGCGAAUUUCGACGCAAACAUAAAGAUGAUUUGCGCAUGCAUCCGAUUACUUCGUUUGAGUUACUCUUCUUCGCCGUUUUCGGUCAGACAACAACCGAACAAACACAGGUUGACAAGAUACAAAACGUGGCCGAGCCCACUCAGCCAUACUGGGUGGAAUAUCUGUUCAAAAUAGUCUUCGGCAUUUAUAUGUUGGUGUCGGUGGUUGUGUUAAUCAACCUGUUGAUUGCUAUGAUGUCUGACACCUAUCAACGGAUACAGGCUCAAUCCGAUAUUGAAUGGAAAUUUGGCCUAUCCAAGCUUAUACGCAAUAUGCAUCGCACAACAACAGCGCCCUCGCCGCUUAAUUUAGUUACCACAUGGUUUAUAUGGAUCGUCGAGAAGGUCAAGGCGCGCAUGAAGAAAAAGAAGCGUCCAAGUCUGGUACAGAUGAUGGGAAUACGUCAGGCCAGCCCGCGCACAAAGGCUGGCGCCAAAUGGCUCUCGAAGAUCAAGAAAGACUCUGUGGCUCUAUCCGUUGUACAUCUAUCGCCACUUGGAUCGCAGACCAGCUUUACCGCUGCCAAUCGGAAUCGCAUCGAGAAUGUAGCUGACUGGGAAGCGAUCGCCAAGAAGUAUCGCGCGCUUGUCGGCGACGAGGAGGGUGGUUCCAUCAAGGAUUCGGAGGCAGAGAGCGGCUCUGUCGAGGGUAGCGGUGGCGGCACGGGUGCGCCACCGCCGCCUGCACAGGUGGGCAAUAAUGUUGCAGCCGCACAACCACAAGAGAUAUUGCCGCACGUGUAGAGUGAGCUUUUUCCAUUAAAAAAAAACUGCAUUCAUUAAGCAUUUGAAGCACGCCAUGUAUGGCUAUUUUUCCAUCCAGUAGAAAGUUGAAACACACAAGCUUACGAAAGCUUUAAGUAAACUAAUUACAUAUAAAUUAUAUUACAGGUUUAAGACAACAAGAAAAUUAACUAAAUGUCUUAAGAAAUAUUAUAAUUGACUUAAAAAAUUCAUAAACACUUGUAAAAAUAGGGAUUAGCUAGCAAAUGAAGUAGUAGAUCGUUUAAAAAUGAAUUGGAUAGACGUAACAAGCCUUAAGCAAUAUCCACUUAGAAUACGUUAGAUAGAAUAAACAAACAAUAAAUGUGUCAUAAAAUUAAAAAAUUGUAUGUUAUUGUAAGUCUAAAAAACUAAAUUAAAAAACUAAAAGAUGAAACAGAAAAAAAUGUAUGAAAUUCUGAUAAACAACAAAGCGAAAUGUUUUCCAGUCUAGCAUAAGAAUACUCGUAAAAAAAGCAACUUAAAUGCAAAGUUUAUCAAAUUUUUGUUGAAUAAUGGGUAUUGUUUCUCACAAAAAUUCAUAAGAAAAACGCAGAAAACUUAUCCUUCAUUGAGUCAAUCGAGUUUUUUGUUGAAAAUUUGCAACUUUCGAUCAUUUAUUGGACACACUUUAAAAUGAAAAAAUGAAAAUGAAAAUUAAAAAAAAUGCCAUGUGGAAACAGACUUAAUGACUGUUUUUGUAAACAUAAUUGCGGGGACAUUUUCAUUAAAAAUGUUGUCAUUUAAUACCUAGUGGAAGUUCAGCAUUAAUGAAAUUAGUUAAUUUAAUUCACUUAAAAUUUGUUUUGAACUAAAGAGCCACAGCAGACAAAUAAAUCAGGCAAUGCUGUAGUCAAAAAGUAUAUUUAAAUUAAAAAUAUAAUAAUUUGAUUUAUUUUAGA